AACUGAAAAUCUAUGAAACACAGCUCCCCAUUAACCCUUUUUCUCUAGGUGAUUUACAUAAUCUGAUACAGGAUCACCAUCUCCGGUCUACUCAUCGCCCUGCGAUCUCGUUGUUCCCUGUCUUUAUCUUAUACAGGAUGGGUGAAAGGAAACGUGUUGAUACUUAUCAAUAGCGCCGUGCAAUUCCCUUCUGCAAGAUGGCGGUAGUUGCGGCCUUGUGAUUUAUCUAAACACAUUAGCCGCUACUGGGGUCAAGCUAUCUAUCUACAAUUGCUUCUAGUUUCACCUGUCAAAUUUGUUUCUUUAAUCGAUAAAAUAUGUCUUACGCGGAUGAUUUUAGACACCUUGAAAUUCAACUAAAAGAUAUAAAGGCAGCUACCAACAAUUUUAGUGACAAGCCUAUUGGAAAUGGUGGGUUUGGAACUGUCUACAAAGGAGAACUACUUCUCCCCGACGGUCGGAGAAUGUUCGCCUUUAAACGCUUAAACCGUAAAUUUGGACAAGGGGAUGUUGAAUUUUGGAAGGAGAUCACGACGCUUUCUGAAUUGAGUCAUGAAAAUUUGGCCUCCCUUCUACAUUUUUGCAAGGAAGGUGAAGAGAGAAUCCUUGUAUACGAGUAUGUAUCUCGUCAGAGCCUCGAUAACUAUCUUGAUAAAGCUAGCCUCACAUGGAUCCAACGGCUUCACAUAUGUAUUGGGGCUGCAAGAGGAAUUGCCUAUCUUCAUGAUCCAAAGAAGACCCAACGAAGAAUUCUUCACCGUGAUAUAAAAAGUUCAAACAUCCUUCUGGAUGAAAAAUGGACUGCUAAAGUUUCAGAUUUUGGCCUAUCAAAAGUCACUCCUGCUAACCAAACGCGUUCAUAUCUAGUGUCUAAUGUUGCAGGUACACUUGGAUAUUGUGAUCCAGAGUAUCAUGCAACAGGUAUUCUUUCAAAAGAGUGUGACGUCUACUCUUUUGGAGUGGUGUUGUUCGAAGUAAUGUGCGGAAGAUUAUGCUGUGAGAUAGAAAAGGAUAGGCUCAUAUGCAUUUUAGUGCAUACGUGGAAAAUUCUUUCCGAUGAAGAUAGACUAGAUGAUAUUAUUUUUCCUGAUCUAAAGCAACAAACAAAUAAGGAUUCUUUAUCCAUGUUCGCAGCCAUUGCAAGACGAUGUCUAAAUAGAGAUCAUAAAGAACGACCAACUAUGGUCCAGGUCGUCAGAGAACUCGAGGACGCACUGCAUCAUCAACAAAACCCUAUGAAACACGAAGUCAGAGUGACCAAGACGCCAACAUCGUACGGAUUUACGGAAGAAUUUGAUCACCUCAAAGUUCCAUUGGAAGAUAUAAAACUGGCCACCAACAACUUCUCUGUCGACAGCCUAAUUGGACGUGGUGGGUCUGGACAUGUGUACAAAGGAGAAUUCUAUCAACCAGGAGGAACACGCAUGGCCUGUUUUAAGCGACUAGAUCGUAGACUCGGGCAAGGGAAUGCUGAGUUUUUGAAAGAGAUCUCGUUGCUUUCUCUAUACAAACAUGAAAACUUGGUCUCUCUCUUGAACAUUUGUAAUGAAGAUGAUGAGAUGAUCCUUGUAUAUAACUACGCCUCUCGUGGGAGCCUCAAUAGAUAUCUUAGUGAACCUAGUCUCACGUGGACCCAACGCUUGAAGAUAUGUGUUGGGGUUGCUCAUGCAAUCAACUUCCUUCAUGAUCCUGGGGACACAGCUCAGAGUGUUUUACACCGAGACAUUAAAAGUUCGCACAUACUUUUGAAUGAAGAUUGGACGGCUAAAGUUUCUAAUUUUGGUCUAUCAAAAAUUGGUCCAGGUAACCAAGCGGCAACAUAUAUUUUUUCGAAUGCAGUUGGUACACCUGGAUACUGUGAUCCGUUAUAUAUGGAGACGGGUGUCCUGACAAAAGAGUCUGAUGUGUACUCUUUUGGAGUGGUGCUGUUUGAAUUAAUGUGUGGUAAAUUAUGCUUCCAAUAUAGUAAUGGUCAUCUAUCCCAAAUUCUUGUGAAUAAAUGGAGAAGAUGCUAUGAGGAGAAUAGAUUAGAUGAGAUUAUCUUUUCUGAUCUAAAGGAACAAAUGGACUCGUGUUUGUUGAGUACAUUUGCAUCCAUUGCUUAUCAGUGUAUCGAGAAACAUCGUGAAGAACGACCAACUAUGGCAAAUGUCGUGAAAAUACUUGAGAUUGCACUUGAACAACAAGAGGAAUUUGAAGAGACGAUGAGGAUUCAAAAGCUCCUGAAAUCUCCAAUAUUAAACACAUCCCAGGAUCAAAAUCCUAUUCGAUUUCCGAAUGGAAUUCUUGUUGAUGAUGGCAAUACGUGGCUUGCAAUACUUAAGGGAAAAGUGUGUGAAGUAAUAUCUGCAACAAAAUGCAUUUCUGCGGACUCCCUUGCACAUGACGACACACAAAAAUCAAGGUUUCCAAACGUCGUAAAGGGUGGAAUGUACAACGGUUUUACAGUAAAAGUGACAACUCAAUUCUUGUCACCAAAGGCAAUGUACACCGUAAGCCUUGUCUUCAAACAUAGUGGUCCGGAUCAUGGGACACACAUACCCUUUAAAUUCAGACUGGAAGGGGAGAGAUACUACUCAAAUUCAUGCAUGACACAUGUGAGAGAUGAUGGAUGGCUAAUGACAGAACUAUACCAAUUUACAAGCCACAAGAGUGAACAUGUUCUUGGGAUUCACUUCUUGCCGCUCUUCAAUAUCACUUCCUCAAGAAUUAAGUAUUUUCUUGAAGGCAUUGAAUUUCGUCCUGUUCAGUAUGUAACUUGACAAGCUGCAUGUUUACUCCUAUACAAAUCAGGGGCAGCCCUAAAGUUUGGGCAAAAAAAAACCCUCGUUUUAGGACCCCAAAAUCUUACGUUACCUGGUUUGGGGAUUUGUUGCUGGUAUUCGUUAUGUUUCCGAGGAAAUCGUAGAACUCAGGCACACGAUGCUUCAACAAUUUCAACAACCAGGUUUUACCUUCUCUCUGUUGUGAAUACUUUUCAUUUGCUUCCUAUAUAAUACGAAGUGAGGUUGGAUUAAGGUUACACCAAAUGUUUGAUGGAAUGCAUAAAUGCACUUCUUGUAAAAUGUUAUAUUUGUUGCUUUAAGGUUAUGUUGGAUGCUGUUGGAACUUGGAUUUAAGCACACUAGGUGUCCAUUAAAAAUUCUGAGUGAGUUGUAGUUA